UUUUAAAUUUGAAAGUUUUUUGCCGUAUCGACUCAGGUAUUAUUACACCUAAAAUUUUUAUUUUAAAAUAUUAAAAAUCUAGGUACAUAUUCAUAUCGGACUGGGGUUCGCAUGAAAUUAUCCGAUACAACCCCAUGGAUCGAAGUAAAGUUUCAGUUAUAACGUCUGGUCUCGCUUGGCCAAAUGCGUUGGCAAUAGACACGCUUACUCAAAAAAUAUUUUGGGCCGAUGCAAAUUAAUUUUCUACUACCAAGGACAAAAUUGAAAUGGCCAACUAUGACGGUUCGUGUAGAAAAGUUAUUCGAGUUCUACCUCAGCUUCAUCCUUUUGCAAUGAUGUUUCAUGGUGGAUACCUCUAUUGGACAGACUGGAGUAGACUAAACUAUAAAAUAUACGUGACAUCUAUAAGAGACGGUAGUACCUCAAGUUUUAAAUCCCUAAACUACAGACCAUAUGGAAUCGACUUUUUCGGUGAACUGAAUGAAGCAAUAGGAAAAUGGUCGCAGUGGAGAGAAACCCAAAGCUGUCCAAAUAAUUGCAUCGGACGAAGGGUACAAACAAGAUAUUGUCAAAAUCCUUUUGUGCACAACUAUAAAAGAGCCUGCCUAAAAACUGCUUGUCAGAAGUCAUUUAAAUGUGUAGGCUCUGCAGGACUGGAAGAUGGCCCUCAAGUUAAAUCUAUUGUUUGUGAUGUAUGCUUAUGCAAAGUUGAUGGUCAAUGGGGACCAUGGCUCAGUGGCCAGUGCUCACAAACUUGUGGAACUGGUAGAAUGACAAGAAGCCGUUAUUGCAACAACCCAACCCCUAGAAAUUGUCGAUCUGAUUGCACUGGAACACAUACGACUAUUGUUGAUUGUUACUUGCGCUCGUGUCCAGAUCUGAUGUUGUUGCUGGGUUAUGUGAGUCACGUGACCGAUUACUAUUUUUUAGUAGCGACAAGUUAUAUAUUAACCUAGCAAUAAGACCCACGGUAUAUCCCUGUUGCUAUUUGCAGCCAUCCUUUUCCUUGGUUCACAGACAGACAGCGAGCAUUAAAACGUAGACUAGUCAACAGCCCAUGGAACAAUCCACAGAAAUUUGGCGUCGUCGUCUUCGUGUACCUAUUUCCCGCAUCAGCAUUUCGUGCACCCGUUACGAAAUUACUCUGCGGUAGUCAUGGUCCUUAGAAAAAUAUUAAAUAUUAAACACUGCAAGUUUUUUAUUGUACUUUAGAACAUUUAGAAAAUUUACGAAAAAAAAUUAAAGAUUUGGGUUAUGAAAGAGGAUUCUUUUGUGUAUAACUUUAAAAAUGCUUAAUUUAAAAUUAAAACGUUUUUAGAGAUUGUUGAUAGACUUAAAACACGCACAUCCAACUUCAGGCAAAAAUUUAAACAUUCUUAAAUGGUUAAAGAGCGAACAAAUGUAUUUUAAUUUGAUUUUUUAAUUUUAAUUGAAAGGCGGGAAUACAAUAGUUAACAAACAAAAAAUCCACUUACAAAAUCUUCUUAAAUUUCUUCUUCUUUUAUCACAAAAUAUUCUCUUGGUAAUUUCUUUGAAAUGGCGCGAACAAUUAAAACUUCAUUUAACGAAAUAUACAACACAAUUUUAAUUGUCCGUAACUUUGUCCGUGAACCUAUUUAUAAAAAACAAUUUGCAUGAAGGGAAUAAUAGAAGUUAAUUAACCAUUACUUUAUAUAAUAAACAAACUAGCCAGGGAACCUGCCGUCGUAACGCUGGUUAAAUCACAAGAAACGUGUGACCCGCUGUUGAAUGCCAGGCUGAUCACUAAAUAACAUGUGUAAUAUGUUUUUAAAAAAUGACUUUUUUACAACUUUGGUUUAAUUAAAAAAGCAGAUAGCAGCCCAUCGUCAAUGUGUAGGCACAGCAUCAUAGUGUUUCGGGUGUAAUAUGCUUUUCAACAAAUAACUUUCCCGCCGCAUCAGCUGAAAACACAGUUUACCCGUCAUAGCAAAAAAAAUCGUCCAACUUUUAUUGUGCUGAAUAAAUUUCCGUGAUAGCUCAAAAAUAAAUGGUGACACGGGCUAAGCUCUUAGUAAAGGUAGACCAUGCGGUCCAUCUAUAUAGGCAUAAUAUCCUUUUCAAAAAAAACUUUAUUGCAACUUUCAUUUAAAUAAAAACACAGGCCUGUCCACCUAAACAAUCAUUUAACAAUGUUAUCUGGAGAAUUAAUAAAACUACGUACUAAGGCUUGUUGAUUCUUUGGUUUUUAAACUGUCAACACACUAAUAGCGGGAAAAUAAGAUGGAAUUUUUUUCUACAGUGCGUUUCACAGUACAUGUUUUUUGUGCACAUUAUAAAAAAUUCGUGUGACGGUCGCACAACGUUUUUCUUUGAAACAGGUUCGGGUUGUGUUGAAUAAAUUGUCCAUUUGUUUUUAUCAUAAGCUUUGAUAGGUGGUUUUAAUAGGAUGCUACAAAAUUAAAAAAUAUAUAGUGACACAAAUUUUAAAGGUACUACCUGCAUCACAUAUAGUUUACUCCUGUCAGGAAUCGCACCUGAACCUUUUACGAAAUUGUAUCAUAAGUAUCAUACCAUUUGAUCACAGGAGCUUAGACAUUUAGUAAAAAAUUAUUAUACCUGAACAACAUUAAAAAUUGAUAAAACGCACAUAAAUGAUGACCAAAUGAAGGAUUUUGCAACACAUUUUGCUUACUCAAUUAUGGCCAGUUCUCUUGACUUGGUCUUUGUAUACACAUCACAACCAUCCGAUAAGCAUUGCACAAAAAUAUUGUCAAGCGGUUGAUCAAAAUUCUCAAAAGCCAGGGUUUCACCACGAAUCAGCAACAAAGAAAUAGAUCUGUAAAGAGAGUUACCAUCUCCACUGACACUGCAUAACAAAAAAAUAUAUCAGAUAGAAAGGCAGUUAUGAAAUAAAAAAUAUUAAUAAGAUUAGUAAGAUUUUUUCUAUCCAUAUUGUUAUAGCUAUAUAGCAUAUGUCAAGUAGUCUUGGCAGAGGGCACCACUACGAUGACUUGGCUUGAAAAUUGAUGGAUACGUUUUCCAUCCUUAAUACAGCUCUGUUUCCACUCAUUAUACUGGCUCAAUAUUCUCUCAAAAUCCAACCACUCCAGUAUAUCUUGCUAGGUAUAAAAUAACAAAUGAAGCACCACAUGAACACUUCAGAACUAUUUUGAGUGUAUUUUUCUUUUGAUUUACUUAUUUGUGUGGCGGGGAGGUUCGAGUAUAAAAAUAACACAAGAUCAUAGUUACAAGAAAAAAAGAUAGUCUAGCAACAAACAAUAGGCCAUUGUUCUAUGUUUUUACAGCUGAACUAUAGUGAUCUUGAUCGUCGUUUUAACCUCUACACAAAAAGUAACAGAAAAAUAAAUUUCCAAAAAUGAAUUUACCACGGGUCUUAUUGACUAGUGCGUUUAUAUAAAAGAAUGCACUUCACUGGUUUUAUAACGACUGCUAGGUAGAAACAAGUAUCAGCAGUGGAAUAAAAUGCAGCCAUGUAUUAUUCUUAAUAAUUAAACAAGUAUAUAAUUUUAUGAAAUAUAUUUAUUGCUAAGCUUUUCGUAGUUUUAGUACAUCAUCAGGGAUCAUCAGUUUAAUUUAUGACGCUGAUAUCUACCGAUUUCUGAAGUGCCUUAAGCAUUAGCAUGACAACUGACGCAUUUUUAAAUAAUAUUAAAAAUUAGUCAGCUAAUAAAUUUAUAACCAGAACUCUCUCAAUUGUUUGCAUUUCACAGAACAGAAUAAAAACUAAUAACUGGUGGUGUGUCUUAAAGAAGUGUAAUUAGCUAAUAAUGCCUUAGUCGCAAAACAUAUACUUUAUUUAGACGAAAAAAAAAAGAAAAAAAAGAAAGAAAGCCAAGAAAGCCAAGAAAGCCAAGGGCUAACUAUUGGACAGUCUGUAGCUGGUGGUUUUGUUUUGGUUGUGAUUGUGAUUAUUGCUGUAAUUUGUUACUGCGGAGAAUGUUUUU